CCUCCUACGGAAAAGUGGAGAGAGAGAGAGAGAGAGAGAGGGUGGGAGAGAAUUGGACAAGCAAACAACAAGAUCCAGUGAAGGGAAAGCAACAACGAGAAGUGAGAGAAGACUUGUCUCUCAGGCUCUAUGCUUCUCUGAUAUUUCUACAUCUCAACCCUGCUGUUUCAAGGUUUCUCUCUUCUGAGAGCUACUUGGAAAACAAAGAAUAUCAGUCCCACAACAAAAAUAAAGUGGAAAUAAAGAAGAGCUCAGCGCUAUUUAAACAUUGAAAAUCAAGAAGACCAUAAUAUGGGUAUACUGCACGACGACGUAGUCGUAAUCGGCCCUGUAGGGAGAGAAGGGGAGCCAAGGGUGAUUACAGUGAAUUGCCCUGACAAGACUGGACUGGGUUGCGACUUGUGCCGUAUCAUUCUCUUCUUUGGUUUGAGCAUUGUCAGAGGAGAUGUAUCCACGGACGGGAAGUGGUGCUACUUAGUGUUCUGGGUAGUAGGAAACUCGACGACGAGGUGGAGUUUGUUGAAGAAGAGGCUUGUGGCGGCCUGCCCUUCUUUUUCUUCAGCUUCUGGGAUUUCCUACUACUGCUCCGAAUCGCAGCCGCCGAAACCUCCCGAUGUGUUCCUCUUGAAGUUCUGUUGUUAUGAUCGAAGAGGGCUUUUACAUGAUGUUACGGGGGUUCUAUGCGAGCUCGAGCUAAUUAUAAAGAAAGUGAAGGUGUCCACCACCCCAGAUGGAAAAGUGAUGGACCUGUUUUUCAUCACAGAUACAAGGGAGCUUCUACAUACGAAGAAGAGGCAGGAUGAAACUCGUGUCUGCUUAAAUGAUGUUCUUGGGGAUGUCAUUAUAAGUUGUGAUAUUGAAAUCGUCGGCCCUGGAAUUACUGCAUGUUCACAGACAUCUUCAUUUCUUCCAUCUGCAAUCACAGAAGAUAUGUUUGACUUGGAAGUUCCCACCAAACUCCCUACUGGAAUUCUAACCUCCCACAGUGUUUCUGUCACAAUGGACAACUCACUGAGUCCUGCUCACACUCUCGUUCAAAUCGUUUGCCAAGAUCACAAAGGUCUUCUUUAUGACAUAAUGAGAACUCUGAAGGAUUACAAUAUUCAGAUUUCUUAUGGACGCUUCUCUAUAAGACAGAGAAGAAAUUGUGAGAUUGACUUAUUCAUCAUGCAAGCGGAUGGGAAGAAGAUAGUUGACCCUAGCAAGAAGAAUGCAUUGUCUUCUCGUCUUAGGAUGGAACUCCUUCGUCCUCUUAAAGUAGCCGUUGUCAGCCGGGGUCCUGAUGUGGAGCUGCUAGUUGCAAACCCUGUAGAAAUAUCUGGCAAGGGUCGCCCUCUUGUUUUCUAUGACAUCACCCUUGCUCUCAAGAUGCUAAAUACUUGCAUCUUUUCGGCUGAAGUUGGGAGGCACAUGAUUGGAGAUCGGGAAUAUGAAGUUUACAGAGUCUUGCUUGAUGAAGGGGAUGUCUUGCCUGUUCCUCGGAACAAGAUUGAGGAAGGGGUUUGGAAGAUGUUGAUGGGUUGGGAGUAAUAUUAACAGAUGCAGAUACCCUUCUCCUUUCAAAAUUGCCACGGGCUUCCUGUACAGUUCACUUCUCCCCUGUUACCAUGUCCAUCAGAUCAUAUAGGGUAUAUAUUAGUAAACUGCGAGUCUUUCUACAUCCUGCUUUAUUACUACUGUUAAAAGUAGAAAGAUGAGAGUCCGUACUGAAGAGAUAAACAAGAGAAAAGUUCUCGUGGCAUUGUAUACUUCUCAAUAUGAAUGUAAAGUGGUAGAUAUGGUGCUAUUUCAUACAUGUUCU